UUCUUCUUCUUCUUCUUCUUCUUGCGCGACCGCGAAUGCUACGGGUGAUGGUGCAGCUACUACCUUCCGCUCCUCAAUGAUCCUACCCAGCGGCACCCCGCCAACAUUAACUCCCCCUGCGAGCGGGGGAGGAGCAUAUCAUAUCAUGAACCCGUUAGAGGCAGAGUACUAUUCAUUCCACCCAAUGACCAGGGUUCGGGUGUCGUACGCGGAGAAAUUAAUUGCAUUUCGUAGACAUCCACGGAAAUAGAUCAGUGUGCUCCAUUAUAAAAGGAGACUUAUUAAGAAGAUGACCAGAAGAGUCUCAGAUGGUUCAAUAGUGGAUCGAAGUUAUGUACGGAGUACUCCGUACUGUAUAAAUUAUUUAUAUUCCAUUUGGGCUGCCAUCGCGUGGAGAGAUGUCUUGGCGACAGGCUGACUUCUCAUGGGGUGGAGAGGGGUAUGAAAGCCUAUAACUAGUAGCUACAGGGUGGUGAUAGCCAGCCUAGACUCCAGCUAAGGGAUAGCUAAGAACUCAGUAAGAAACGUACUAAACCCCACUAAACCGCGCCCCGAAGACCCGGCCCUAUAGGCUAUAGAAGACAGCAUGUCCCCGAAAGCUAAACACAGAAAAAGCUAGCUCCAAUCCCGGCAAGUGGCGGGGUGAAAUUAUGACGAGAUGUCUUUAAAUUCCCGAAGAAGCAAGCUUGUCACUCUCGACAAAACGCGGUAAUCAAUAUAUAUCUAAUAUUUAUCACAAUGUCCACUCUCACUCAUGCUGAAGGUGUAGAUGGACAUCCACCACACCUAGAGCCAAGCCAAUUAGGCACGAAGGAAUACUGGGAAUCAUUCUACGAUAACUCUCUAUCUCACCUAUCUUCGAAGCAACGGGCGCGGGCGCGCAAGGGUCAAAGUCGUACCAAAGACGAGAGUGAAGCCGAUGAUAGAAACGAGGAGGAAGACGAAAAAGGUGCCGAUGAUGAUGAGUACAACGGCGAUGAAGACGGAGACGAAGACGACGACCCUGGCACAUCCUGGUUCAUAGAACACAACUCGCCCGAAAAAGUCAUGAGAUUCCUCACCUCCGAAUCCUUCCCGCUUGCACCCUGUAACACUACUCCGAGUACACAGACACAACGGCAAUCACAAUCGCAAUCGCAACCACAACCACAACCCAACAUCCUCGACCUUGGAACGGGGAACGGCAGCAUGCUUGCCCUCCUCCGCGACGAGGGGGGUUUCACGGGGGGCCAGAUGGUCGGAGUCGACUAUUCUCCCAAGAGCAUCGAGUUGGCGAGACGGUUGCAUCACCAUCGUCAUGACUCCUCCUCAACGCGGGACGGUGGGGCGGACACUGCUGCUAGAACUACUACUAGUGGUACCCCGGCAAUCCGCUUCGAGGUGUGGGAUGUCUUUGACAAGCGAGCUGUGGAGGAAUUGGAUUGGUUCCCGGCUGCUCAGGGCGGGUUUGACAUCGUGCUAGAUAAGGGGACGUUUGAUGCCAUUUCGCUUUCUGCGGAGGAGGUUGUGGUGGAUGUCGGGGGUGCAGCGAGGGUAGGGGGAGCAGACAGGGGAGCAGGAGGAGAGGAAAAUGUGGAUAUGAAGGGGUCGCGCGUGGUGCAGAGGAGGGUGUGUGAGCGGUAUCCUGGCAUUGUGAAGGGGUUGGUACGCAAGGACGGGUUUCUGGUUGUUACGAGCUGUAAUUGGACGGAGGAGGAGUUGAUUAGGUGGUUUACGAGGAGGGAGGUGGGGGAAGGGGAAGCGGAGGAAGGGGGUAGGCUGGUGGUAUGGGACCGUGUUGAUUAUCCGAAGUUUCGGUUUGGAGGGCAGGAGGGCCAGGGGGUGUGUACUAUUUGUUUUAGAAGGGUGAGUGGGAGCUAAAAUGGGGGCGGUGUCCUGGGUUAAAAGCUAUGAUGGGGUGAUGAGUUAUGAAAAUAGAGUAUAGAAUAAUAAAAAAAUCAUUUUCGAUAUCAGCGUCAUGAAAACGACCAGUUUGCCUGGGGUUCAAUUGUAACUCUCUGCUAUUCUGGAGCCCUAGUAUAAAAUUCAUCACAACCAUCACAUAUAAAAAGACAUGUAAAAUCUACAUCCCAAAUGACGGUUACUAUUUCACCCCUUUCUCAAGAACGCAACAACGCACCAUCUCGCUCUGUUCUCCGGGCCCUCUUCCGGACGUACAGACAUCCA